GUAAGUGCCAUUGUUAUUGGCAACUAAAUCAAUUACCAUUGUGUAAGUAAUUUACAAUCAUUUCGUUGAUUGAUUUUUGGGGAGUACAUUUGUUUGGUAUCUCAUUAAUUUCACAAAUCACUCAGAGCAUUUAAUGCCACCCAUGUUUUUCUAACCAAUAGUAAGUUGCAUCGAAAACAAAAUUACCACAUAUGUGUACUAAUAAUUGUUUUUCUAAAAAAAAAAAAAAACCAAUAAACCAAUAAACUACACAAACCCAACACAUGAAGAUGACAGCAGUUAAAAUCUACACUAGUUUUGAAAAAUAAUAAUAAUAUCUCAAUUAUUUAUGUCCUAUUUGGCUGUCCUGUCCAUUAAAAGCUGAAAGCCCAUUAAGGACAUUUCCAAACCUCUCUCUUCUUCUCCUUCUUCUCUCUCUCUCUCUGCUAUAUAAACCAAUCCUCAUCUUCUAUUCUCACCCCUAUCUCUCUCAUUCAUUCAUUCAUUCUUCAUUUGAACCCCCACCAAAAAAAAAAAGAAAAGAAAGAAAGAAACCCAGUACCCACCAUAACCAAAGGCUCAAACCUUUAGAAAGUAAUAUUAAUUUAAUUUACUCUUUUGUUGUUGAAAUGGGGUUUCCAGUGGGCUACACAGAGCUGUUCAUACCAAAACUGUUCAUCCACACACUUUCCUUUCUGGGUUUCAUUAGAAAGUUCAUUUCAAUCCUUUUCAGCUAUCUGGGUCUUCAAAAUUUCAUCGAUUCACCGGACAUCAUCAAUGGCGGCGUCUAUUCAAACACCUGGUCUUCCUCUUCUUUCUCAGACACUCCAACCACGAUGAUGACCCGAGUACCCGAAUUCGACUCAGUUUCAGCCCUUCUGAUCCGAGAGUGUUUGCCGGUGGUUAAGUUCUCGGAGCUGGUAGACCCACCGGAGAGCUGCGCCGUGUGUUUGUACGAGUUUGAAGGUGAAGAUGAGAUCCGACGGCUCACAAACUGUUGCCAUAUAUUUCACAAAGGAUGUUUGGACCGUUGGAUGGGAUAUGACCAAAAGACUUGUCCUUUGUGUAGGACACCUUUUCUUAAAGAAGAUCUUCAAACCUCUCUUAAUGAGAGGCUUUGGGCAGCUUCUGGUAUUCCUGACUUUUACUCUGACUAUUCUCAGAUUACUGGUUUGUAGGUUUUUUUCUUUUUUUUUUUCUGAAAAAUAUCAAUAUGGGUUGGUGGAGUUGUAAAUAUAGGAAGGAAAAAAAAACCGGAAAAAAUUGAUUCUGGUAACCAGAAUUAGAUUAUGCUGAUGAGUUUUGCUUUGUAUAGUUUUGAGAAAUGAAAGUUACUCUCCAAAAAAAAUGAUAAAUAAUAUAAAUGAAUGAAUGAACAAGUUGGAUCUAUCCUCCAAA